CGCUACUCCCUCCAAAGCAGCCGUACCUCUUCCUACCUCACCCUCCUCGGCAAACUCCAUCAGACUUUUUGCUGGGAAUGCAGUGGAGAAGCGGAGAAGGUUGGAGAUGGAGGGGCGAGUGAGGAAGCACGGCGGCCAAGCCAGCCCGGAGAGCGCCCGAGCUUGGGCGGAGCCGCCAGUGCCGCCCUCUCUUCCGCCGCAUGCGAAGCUUCCGCCUCCGCCGUCGCCUCCCCAGGGAUGGAAAAUCCCCGUUGUGUAUUACCUCUGCCGGAACCGCCACCUCGAGCAUCCCCACUUCAUCGAAGUUCCCCUGUCUUCCCUCGAUGGCCUGUACCUGAGAGAUGUGAUCAAUCGGCUCAAUAUGUUGAGAGGAAAGGGCAUGCCCGCCAUGUAUUCGUGGUCUUGCAAGAGGAGCUACAAAAAUGGGUUCGUGUGGCAUGACCUCGCCGAGGAUGAUCUCGUGCUCCCGGCCAAUGGCAACGAGUAUGUUCUCAAGGGUUCUGAGCUCUUGGACCAGUCUCCUUCAGAUCGAAUUCAUCAAAGCAAUGGCAACCCGAGGUUGCCAAAUCUGAAGCCCCAACAGCAGGAGAACCCCGCACUUUCAAGAACUCAAGAAGCCGCUGCUUCUUCCUCCUCUCCCCCUGCCUCAACUGUACUCAAAGAUCUCAAGCCAUCGCCGUCACUGCCUUCCCCACAAGACGACGAGCAUUCCCCCUUGCUUCGUCAGCCCGGUUUGCCAACCAACAUAUCACCGGAUCAUGGACCCCGUAGGCCUUCCUCGUGGGAGAACAGUUCGUCGGUCGCUGCAGAGUACCGAGCAUACAAGCCCGUUGGUGCGGCAGAUGCUUCAACCCAGACCGAGGAUGGUGGAGGGAGAAAUGCCCUUGGAAGUCAUGCCACCUGCAUUAGAGGAAUCUCAACUGAUGACAACUCGAUAGAUCUUGAAUUCGAGGAGAAGCGGUGGAACCGUGACAUGCGAUCCAAAGAGGGUUCAGAGACAGGUGGGUAUGAAAUUUCCCCUGCUCCAACUUUGUCGAGCGAGUCAUCCUCUAGUGGGAAGACAGAGACCUUGGAAUCUUUGAUAAGAGCUGAUGCCGGUAAGGUUAACAGCUUUCGGAUACUUGAAGAGGAGGAAGUCCUCUUUGAUACAGGGCCAAAGGUGAGGCCAACCAAUGUGCUGAUGCAAUUGAUUACAUGUGGGUCAAUCUCUGUGAAGGAUCACCACAGCUUCGGACUAGUGCCAACCUACAAGCCGAGGUUCUCCCAUGCGAAGUUCCCUUCACCGAUGUUUGGUGGAUCCAUGACCCUCGGAGAGAUUGAUUACCUGUCAGAGGAUCCGAGGCUAAUAAGACUGAGACUAGAUGAGAAGGAAUAUUUCAGUGGGAGCUUAAUUGAGACUAAGAAGCACAAGGAUACAGUAGGGCAAAUGAUGCCCACACUCAAACGUUCUUCUUCAUAUAAUGCAGAUAGGAAUAGCAAGACACCAGACUCUAAGCAGGACAUCGAAAAGCUAGUGGAUUCAUCGCGAUCGAAGUGCCUCCCGCGUGCAAUUAAGAUGACAUCGAACAAGCAGCCCAAAAAUGAAGCACAUAGGUCAUCUAUUUCAGAUGGCCCAAGGAAAUCUUCUGUUGGGCAAGACUGCAAGGAACUGCCAAUAGGUGAAUACCAAAAGAUCACCUUAUCAGUCAAUGCAUCAUCCACCAGCGUAGAAUCUUUUAAGGAACGAAAGGAGAAGGUGAUCAAGAUUGAGGAAAACUUAUGUCAGGGGCUCGUGUUACAAUUCAGUCUAGAGCUCCAUGCGAUGAUAGUGAGGGUGGUUCUGAUUCUUGAAUGGAUCUCGGCGAUGAAUCAUCCAGUGUAUUAUCGUCAACCUGUUGAGAGGUUUUCUCUUAGUCUAAAAGAAGGUAAUGUUCAACGUGCCAUCAGCAACCAGCAGAAAAGUUACAAUCUUCAUCACGGCCGCCUGGAUUAUGGCAAUCACUCUUGUCCACCAAUUCUAGUGAUUCAACAUCAAGAGUUGGUUUCAAAUUCUGUCAUCUCUUUGCGGAUUGUACGAGCUGCAUUGUGUAGGAAAAUGACUUGAAUUAUGUUGAUGAUGAUGAUGUAAUAUACAUCCUUGUUCACUGGUCUCUACUCUGUUAUUUGGAAAGAUUGCUCUUUGUAAGAACUAGCUAGAUUCAAGAAAUCUUCCGACUGAAGAGACUUACAAGGAUAUCAGGCUAUUGUAUCCCAAUGGAUGUAAUCUAUGAAACCUUUGGAAAUGCAACUUGUGUUGAUUUUA